GCUAUUUGCGGAUACAGAGACCGAGGGAGGGAGAGAGAGGGGUUUUCGCAGCCAUGUCGUCGGCGAAGCCACCGACUGCCACCGGCAAAACAUUCCCAUCGAUCACCGAAUGCGACGUCGCGGCUGUCAAUCACCGUUCUAUCGCGGCGGACCUCGACGGUACACUCCUCAUCUCCCGGUCCUCCUUCCCCUACUUCAUGCUUGUCGCCAUCGAAGCCGGCAGCCUUCUCCGAGGCCUCGCUCUCCUCCUCUCCUUCCCGAUCAUCGCGAUCGCUUACAUCUUCGUCUCCGAGUCGCUCGCCAUCCAAAUGCUAAUUUACAUCUCUUAUGCCGGCCUGAAAGUCCGCGACAUCGAGCUCGUGUCCCGCGCGGUCCUGCCGAGGUUCUAUGCGGCGGACGUCAGGGCGGACAGCUACAAAGUCUUCGAGAAGUGUGAUCGGAAAGUUGUGGUCACUGCGAACCCGACGGUGAUGGUUGACCACUUCGUGAGGGAGUAUUUGGGAGGAGACAAGGUGUUGGGAACGGAGAUUGAAGUGAAUCCGAAGACAAAGAGGGCCACGGGGUUUGUCAAGAGCCCUGGGGUUCUGGUGGGGAAAUGGAAGAGGUUGGCGAUUUUGAAGGAGUUUGGGGACGAAUCGCCUGAUAUUGGGAUCGGAGAUCGCGAGUCUGAUCACGAUUUCAUGUCCAUUUGCAAGGCUGGCUUCAUGGUCCACUCCAACAACUCAGCAUCUCCAGUCCAACUCGACCGCCUCAAAAGCCGAAUCAUCUUCCACGACGGCCGCCUGGUCCAACCGCCGACCCCUUUCAACGCCCUCAUCACCUACCUCUGGCUGCCCUUCGGCUUUGCUCUCUCUCUCAUCCGAGUCUACUUCAACCUUCCCCUUCCGGAGCGCAUCGUCCGCUACACCUACCGCAUGCUCGGCAUCAACCUCGUCAUCCGUGGCAACCCGCCUCCGCCGCCCUCCCCCGGCUCCCCAGGCAAUCUCUACGUCUGCAACCACCGCACCGCCCUCGACCCCAUUGUCAUCGCCAUCGCCCUCGGCCGCAAAGUCUCCUGCGUCACCUACAGCGUCAGCCGCCUCUCCCGGUUCCUCUCUCCCAUCCCCGCAGUCGCCUUGACCCGCGACCGGGAGGCCGACGCCUCCCGCAUCAAAUCCCUCCUUCAGAAGGGAGACCUCGUCGUCUGUCCCGAAGGCACCACCUGCCGGGAGCCUUAUUUGCUGCGCUUCAGCGCUCUGUUCGCGGAGCUCAGCGACAGGAUCGUGCCGGUCGCCGUCAACACCAGGCAGAACAUGUUCCAUGGCACCACCGUUCGUGGGGUCAAGUUCUGGGACGCUUAUUACUACUUCAUGAAUCCGAGGCCGACGUACGAAGUGACGUUCCUGGACCGAUUGCCAGAUGAAAUUACUUGCAAGGCCGGCGGGAAGUCGGCCAUAGAGGUGGCGAAUCACGUGCAGAAGGUGCUGGCAGGGGUGCUGGGAUUUGAGUGUACUCAGCUGACCCGGAAGGAUAAGUACCUGCUGCUGGGAGGGAAUGACGGGAAGGUGGAAUCCAUGAAUUCCAAGAAGAAAGAGGGUUGAUUACAAUAAUCUUUGGGGUAAGAAAAGGCAGGCAUGCAUGCAUCUCUGUAGCUAGCUAGUGUCCAGCGAGUAAGUAGUAGUAGUAGUAGUAGUGGUACUACUACUACUAGUAGUAUAUUUGAUUGUGUAAGCAUUGGUUUUUGGUCUCCUACUUUGAUGAACAGAUAGCAAAUGAAAUGUUUGGAUUU